AUGUUGCUUCAGAGAGGUCUUACGACAGUAGGAACAAUUAGAAAGAACAAAAAGGAGAUUCCCCCUGACUUCAAUGUAUUGCGUGGUCGAAGUGUGAAGUCCAAUAUGUUUGGCUUUCGCGACAAUAUGGUGUUGGUUUCACACAUUCCAAAGAAAGGCAAAAAUGUUCUACUGAUUAGCACUUUGCAUAAUGAUGCCAAAAUUGAUGUCGAAACAGGAAAACCCGAUAUAAUUUUAAGCUACAAUGACACCAAGGGCAGGAUCGAUGUCGUAGAUCGUUUAUGUGCAAAUUACAACUGUGCCCGUGCCACAAGACGUUGGCCUAUGGUAGUAUUUUACGCUAUGUUGAAUGUCAGUACCAUAAAUAGUCAGGUUAUAUAUAUAGCUAAUAACUCAAAUUCAAAAUCUCUACGCUGGCAUUUUAUAGAAAAUUUGGCCAUGAAACUAAUUGAGCCUCAUAUAAGAGAAAGACAGACACAGUUGAAUUUGCCGCGUUCGUUGAGACAACGACUCUCCGAAAUUUUGAAGAUCGACGAGGUUACAGAGACGUUCAAGAAAUGGUCGGUGUUUUAA